AUGCCCGUGGUGAUCCGACUGGCACGUUUGGGAAGGAGACAUCUUCCAUUCUAUCGAAUUCGUGUGUGCAAUAAAAAUGUGAAGCGCGAUGGAAAGUUCUUGGAGGAGGUAGGAACGUAUAAUCCCAUUCCGCUUGACGAUGGAAUCAAAGAAGUACGCUUAAACGUUGAUCGCAUAAAGUAUUGGUUGUCGGUGGGAGCGCAGCCUUCUGAGACGGCUGGGAUUCUUCCUCCCCUGCCUCUUCAUCCCUAUUGUGAAAGCGCUGUUUCCAAGAAGAAAACCGAAGAAGGAGAAGGCGCAGCGUCUUCUUCCUAG